AAGCGGUUUGUCGUACGGCAAGAUGCCACGCGUUCUUAUUUGUAUUGCAGUCGUGUCAGUGUUGACAUGCAUCGCGCAUGCACAGCACGUCUCUCCGAGCGCAGGAGCUCAAAAGGUUGGCGCGAAAUCAGAAAACGGUUCAUCGAACCCAAAAGUCUACGAAGAAUUAUUUAAAAAAACGUUUGGUAAUCAACGUAAGGAGCACACGGAGGCCAUCAAACGUCUUCAGAAAAUAGACAGCUAUGAGCGUUUGUACAAAAUGAUCAUGGUUCUCGGCGAGAAGAUGAUAGACGUGAUCCAGUCGAGCAAAGAAAUGAUUGAAAAUGUCGGUUUCGAUCCGACUAACAGAUCUUUGCCACAAAAUGUUACCAUACAAAGCGCGAUAUCUACUACUUUAGAAAAUACGGCUUUGUUCGGAGACAUUCUUCUUCACUUUCCUCAUAUCACUCAUCGCAUACUUCGAACACAACAAAAAUGGAAUCCAGUCAUAAGCUGGUCUUUAAAUUUCACGUAUCGGACAAGACACUUGUUGGACAAGGACACGUUCGACAAAAUUCAUCUGGCGUCCCAAGAACUGAACGUCAUAAAACGCGAGCAGGGAUACUUCAAUCCUUAUUGGCAAUCGACCGAGUCUCAGAAAGGAGACAAAGAGAAGACAAAGAAAAAGAAAUCGACAAAGAAGAGGGGGCCGCAAAUAACCAAGAUCGAACUCUGAAUAUUUAAACAGGAAUUCGACUCUAGAAAUACCAGCAAAUCAUCAAAAAUCCGGACUCUUGAUGAACAUAACAUUAUGCGGAACCGGUGGCCACUCUAACAUAAGCCAGACAGAAUAAAAGCGAAGAUUUCUCGGGCGACCGGGACGGAUGGUAGAAAGUGGUCAGCCAAUGAGCUAAGAACGGUUCCUACCGUCCGGUUUCCCGUUCCCGACACCCAUAACCCGUGGCAGACGGCAUUGCUCGCGUAUCCUGGACACAGGCAGUGCCGUCACACCUGUUUCUUGAAACGUCGUCGCGUUCGCGCGCCGAAAAGAAUUCUCAAGUGUCCAGUGGUUUGUCAGUGUCGUUGAUCGAACGACGUUUCGAAGAAGGAAAGUGAACCCACGAUAUUUCAAAGGAUGAC